CAUCAGAGGGCACUGGGAUCAGAUAGCGCCAACUUAACCUCAAAUUUGAGUUUGACAUUGUUGUGUUCAAGGAAAACUUCUUGUAAAUUUGUACUGCAUCAUGUGCAAUGUCAACAAGCUCUCAGGUGCUUUAAAGUUAUAUUUUUUCUCUGUACUCGUUAAUGAAAUUUUGUGUACUCAUUUGGAGACUGAACAGUACUGUGAAAUCCCACAAAAUUCAGGAGAGCAGGCGAAUUGUGGAAGACAGAAAUAUUCAACAAAUAAACGGUAUAUAUUAUACGAUGUCAAUCCUCCCGAGGGAUUUAACCUGAGGAGGGACGUAUACGUCAGGAUGGCAGUCUUCAUCCAUAACUUGAAUCAAGCGGAUAAAAUAUAUCAGUGGAAUUUGGUGUUACCACCGUGGGAUCACUUAUACCACUGGAGGAGCCACGACAUUGGUGAACAGUCUGGGAUUCCCUGGGGUGUGUUUUACGACGUUCCUAGUCUGAUGAGAUUCAUUCCUGUGCUUGAAAUGCAUCAAUUUUUCAAGGAUUAUGAUUCCACGAAUGGAGUCUUAACUUUGGAUCGCGUAUUCGUGCUUCAAACUGACCCAAAAAUUUUUGAAAAUAAUGACUUUCGAGAUAGAAAUGAGGUCACAACGUGCGACGAACAGAAUAUUAGAUUCAAAAAGCUAUCGGGAGACAAAGUCAAAGGGUAUUUUUGGGGAUACACUAACAUCACUGCCAAGGAUGUCCAGUGCUUACUAUUCCAUGGAACUGCAUCCAAUUUAGUACAAAAUUUGGAGCCCGGAUUAUACAAGAGUUAUAUGUUUGACCACGUGGAAAUUCCUCUUCACGAUUCCUAUGGCUCCCAAAACUUCUGGAGAGCGAGACGAAGUAUGAGAUUUAAUCCAGAAUUGGAUGGAAUUGCGCAGAAAUUCAGGCGAAGACAUCUGAAUUCGACGGAUGAUAAUGAUAAGACUAUAAGGCCACAGAAUUGGCUUGACGAAGAGGAGCAGAGAAGUGCCGUCGGUGGUGCUUACCUGGCGGUACACUGGAGGCGAAAAGACUUCCUUAUCGGACGCAGUGAUUAUGUAGCGUCUGUUUCAAAGACUGCACGUCAGUUGAAAAAAAUAAUAAAAAAACUGGGACUGGACACAAUUUUUAUCGCAACAGAUGGUAGCGAUCAUGAAUUCGAGGAGUUGAAGCUACAAUUGGGAAACUACAAAGUUGUGAGAUAUAUUCCACCCUAUGAUGUGAGGAAAAACUUUAAAGAUGGAGGAGUUGCCAUCGUCGACCAAAUAAUUUGCUCUCAUGCCAGGUACUUCAUUGGGACUUACGAAUCAACUUUUACAUUUCGAAUUCAAGAGGAACGCGAAAUCAUCGGCUUCCCGGUCGAAACAACUUUUAAUAUUAUCUGCUGGAAAGAUGAAGAAUGCGCGCCCCAAAGUCAAUGGAAAAUUACUUGGUGACUGAGCCAAAGACAAGUGAUAUACAUUUGUACAGAUAUAAUUAUGUUCAUUUAUUGUAACUAAAUACAUUAUCUUUCAAUAUGA